AUGGAUGUUUGGCUGUACCACAGAGGACACCGCGAACACAAGCUAAGUGCUUUAGCAGCGGGUGAUGCUAACGCGGUCGGACAGGCUCAGUGUGGCGUGAAGCAGAAGAGUGCUGUGCGAGGUGACUUAUGGGACAAUGGGGCCGCUUUUCGCAAAUAA